GGUUUGUUUUGAUUAAAAAAAAAAAAAAAAAAAAAAAAUUGCCCUGGAAAUAACUAGUGAAAUGACCAUUACUGAAUCUAGUUUGACAACAGCACAGAGCAGACGGGUGUAAACGUGAGGCCUGCACGUAACACUGGGUAAGCUUGGUCGGUACCCACCCUGGCCAGGAAAGAUUGUAAGCCCUCCCAAGGAUUUGAAAAAACCAAGUGGCAAAAAAUGUUUCUUUGUGAAGUUCUUUGGAACUGAAGAUCAUGCUUGGAUAAAGGUGGAGCAGCUCAAGCCAUACCAUCCCCACAAGGAAGACAUGAUCAAGAUCAAUAAAGGCAAGCGCUUCCAGCAGGCGGUGGAUGCAGUGGAAGAGUUCCUCAAGAAAGCCAGGGGAAGGGAGCAGGCAUCACACAACUCCGCAGAAGAGAACAGUAAAAGCAAUUCCGAUGAUAAAACCAAAUCCAGCUCUGCUGAGGCGAGAGGCAGAAAAAAUUCCACAAGCACUCUUAAAUCAUCCCCGGCUGGAGAGAGUGACGAUCUCAGCCCAAAGAAACGCGGCCGCCCUCCCAAGGAUGAGAAGGAAUUAUCCGACCCAGAGCCUUCCACAGUACACAGAACGAUGUCAGGAACAGUGUCAGGUUACAAGUGGCAGAGUAAUCAAGUAAAGGAGGACCCUCACUUCCAUCACUUUCUGCUCAGCCAGUCUGAGAAGCCAGGUUCUGCAUUGGAGCCUAUAAGCAAACGAUUGAAGAUUUUCGAAGAGGACACAGGCUCAACAUCAAUUCAAGCUGCAGACAGUACAGCUGUGAAUGGCAGCAUCACCCCCACAGACAAAAGAAUAGGAUUUCUUGGACUAGGACUGAUGGGCAGUGGCAUCGUUGCGAACCUUUUAAAGAUGGGACACAUUGUGAUGGUUUGGAAUCGCACUGCGGAGAAGCAGCUUGGUUCCUUGCAGUGUGACUUGUUUAUACAAGAAGGCGCAAGGUUAGGGCGCACUCCAGCCGAGGUCGUUUCUACGUGUGAUGUCACUUUUUCCUGUGUUUCCGACCCAAAGGCUGCCAAGGAUUUAGUGCUUGGUCCCAGUGGUGUUCUGCAGGGAAUAAGACCAGGGAAGUGUUAUGUAGAAAUGUCCACUGUAGAUCCUGACACUGUUGCAGAAUUAUCCCAGGUGAUCACGUCCAGGGGGGGGCGCUUUCUGGAAGCUCCGGUCUCUGGGAGCCAGCAGCUCUCCAAUGACGGGAUGCUGGUCAUUCUAGCUGCUGGAGACCGGUCGCUGUAUGAAGACUGCAGCAGCUGUUUCCAGGCUAUGGGAAAGACCUCGUUCUUCUUGGGUGAAGUGGGGAACGCAGCCAAGAUGAUGCUGAUCCUCAACAUGGUUCAUGGAAGUUUUAUGGCAACGAUUGCAGAAGGGCUGACACUGGCACAAGUAACUGGCCAAUCACAGACAACCUUUCUAGACAUUCUCAGCCAUGGGCAAAUGGCAAGCACUUUCCUGGACCAGAAAUGCCAAAAUGUUUUGCAGGGCAACUUCAAGCCUGAUUACUAUUUGAAACACAUUCAGAAAGAUCUCAGGUUAGCGAUCGCAAUGGGCGACUCUGUCAAUCAUCCCACUCCAAUGGCAGCUGCAGCCAAUGAGGUUUAUAAAAGAGCAAAGGCAUUGGACCAGUCUGAUAAUGAUAUGUCUGCAGUUUACAGAGCCUACAUUCACUAAACUGCAGUUGUAAUUAAGUGUGGACCACAUUCUUGCUGUUGUGAUCAUUUCCUUUUCUAAAUGAAUCUGCUAUUUCCCCGAUUUUAGAGGGAGAAGCAGUGGUGACGUGUCCAAGCCUCCCGAGCAUUGCCCUGUAAAGGGACAAAUGAAGUGGCCAGCUGUGUGCUGCUCCUUUUUGUUUUGACCUUGUUAAAGCUUGAUGGGAGAAGUAAUGCAGUGUGUCGGGCAAAUUGAAAUCCUACCCAUUGCAAUGGUUUACUUGUGUUUUUAAACCAAUUCAAACUCUUCUGGUUUAGGUUCCUUUUCCAGUCACACAUGUACCAGCCACUGUUACAUACACAUGCUGCAUUUCCUUGUUGCUAUGUUAAAGAUAUAUAUUUCAGUGCUGCAGUUGUAUUUCAUUGUCGGUGGAACACUUUCCUGUGAGUGGGUCCAGAGUUCAGCAUUUUAUUUUGUCCUACUUGAGUAUCGUUCUGUUAUGAAAUACAAGACUGGAGAAGCACCAAGGAAGGAAGUGCCACUGCAAUGCCGUAAUAAAGUCUCACCCUGAUUAGCAGAGCUUAGUUAUAUGAAGAGAAUAUAUAGAGGGGAGCAGAGUGACACUUUAUUGGUGUGUCUUACUUGUCGAUUAUUUAAAUACCUUGAAUGCAUGUUUUCAGUAAUUUAUUUCCCAGACUUGAUGCAGUUACCAAGAUCAUUUUCUUAAGGGCCAGUUGACAAGACUGUUAAUUAUUUCUAUAAAGCGAAUGCUCAAGACAGAUUUGAUCCUGUGUUUCACACCAUGUCAAGCAUGAUUCUGUAUUAGUAGCACUAUGAGAACAGGCUGGAGAACGUACAGGGCCACCGUUUUCUGGAUGUCUGUGUGUGUUUUAAUGUUGGCUUUGCUUCUGCCAGGAUUCUCUGUUGAAUUUGUUACAGCUGUACCAGGAAAUAUAUUUCACCCUGCCUCAAAAGGUUUAUUUGUUUUGGCAUCGUUAUCUAGCAUGCUUUCGGUAAGCAUUGUGAUCUCUGAGGGACACGUCGUUAGGAAAAUAGCAUUUUUCAUUUAUGUUUCAUACGUAAUAACCAUUGUUUUGACGGCCAAAACAUCCAUAGAUAUAUAUAUAUAUAUAAUAUAUAAUAAAAGCAGAACAUGUUUCUCCUUAACAGUAGCUUUUAUUAGAACCACACUGAAAGGGUUCAUUUGAAAAAUAAAUCACAAUAAUAGUAUUAAUAACCUUCCUAGUUUGUAUUUAGUCAGACUUGUGCAAACAAAACAGACUGCAUUACUUUGAACUGGAGAACGAUAAUUCAUACUCGGAGCUGCACCACUAUAAAUAUUUUGAUACAGAAUGCUUCAUUUCCUGUGCAAAAAAAAAAAAAAAAGUAUGAAGUACUUUUUGUAAUUGUUUUUAUAAAUCUCUUAAUGUUAGUAAGUCUUGUUUGCCUCUAAUAAUCGGGAGCUGUACAUUGAGCAGAUAACUUAAAUAAAUGGAUUUUAUUGUUUUGCCCUAAAGCAACUCGUGCUUCCUGCCUCAGAUCUCUGUUCAUAUUGCUUCUUUACUUUUGCAUGUCAGCAGCACCAGUGACUUCACUCAUCCUGGCGUGAUUCUUUUGAUCAGUCUUUACCAGUGACUUCACUCACCCUGACGUGAUUCUUUUGAUCAGUCUUUACCAGUGACUUCACUCACCCUGACGUGAUUCUUUUGAUCAGUCUUUACCAGUGACUUCACUCAUCCUGACGUGAUUCUUUUGAUCAGUCUUUACCAGUGACUUCACUCAUCCUGACGUGAUUCUUUUGAUCAGUCUUUACCAGUGACUUCACUCAUCCUGGCGUGAUUCUUUUGAUCAGUCUUUACCAGUGACUUCACUCAUCCUGGCGUGAUUCUUUUGAUCAGUCUUUACCAGUGACUUCACUCACCCUGACGUGAUUCUUUUGAUCAGUCUUUACCACAAACCCAAAAGACCCUAGCUGACUUACCAGAGUAGGAUUGCACUGCUUCUGUCUCUACUGUAGCCCUUCAGUAUUUUUAUAUUAUUAUUUUAAACCAAUCAAUUGAAACCAUUAAUCGUUGGUGUCUUAAUACUCUAGGCGGUUAUUGCAAUGUUUCCUGGUUCUUCUGUUUGCUGCUGUGUGGCAUACAUGAGCAGCUUUGACAAGAAGUAGCCACUGCUUCAUAGCAGGUUUGCUGAUGCAUAACAUUUUGUGUAAAAAGAGUUUUGCUUUUGUUCGUAAGCAAUGUUUCUCAUUCAGUAUGUAUGUGAAAAAUGUGAAGAAAAAAAUGAUUUUGUGCAAUUAACAAAUCCUCUCAAUUAAACAAAUAAAUAAAUACA